CUUUUCAUAGUUGACGAAACAAGAAAAAGUUGCAACUCCCUAAUAUGCAUGGUGAUUGGUGACUGGUGAGAUGAUGAUGAUUCUGCGGUCAAGAACUCAAUAAUUAAUAUUAAUUGUUGUUACAGAAAGAUCAUCGUACUCUAAAUUUCAGCACCCGAAAGUUUUUUAACGAAUUCAGCCUCCAAACUGUUUGAUACAUAGAAAGAUAGGAUUUCCAUAGAUAGAGUCAGAUGAAUAUACAGCUACUUUUCUUGGGUCUUCUUGUCAUCGGCACUCUACACAGCACCGCCGUCAACGGUAGAGUUCUGACCGGAAACUACGGGAAGCUAUCAGGGAUCAUUAUACCUGGCUUUGCUUCUACCCAACUCAGAGCUUGGUCUAUUUUGGACUGUCCUUUCUCUCCACUUGAUUUCAAUCCUCUUGAUUUGGUCUGGCUCGACUCCACUAAACUUCUUUCUGCUGUAAAUUGCUGGCUAAAGUGCAUGCUGUUGGACCCUUACACCCAAUCAGAUAACCCUGAGUGCAAGUCUCGCGCUGACACUGGUCUUUCUGCAAUAACAGAGAUUGAUCCAGGUUAUAUAACAGGCCCUCUUUCAUCAGUGUGGAAAGACUGGAUCAAGUGGUGCAUUGAGUUUGGAGUUGAGGCCAAUGCAAUCAUUCCUGCUCCAUAUGACUGGAGGCUAUCUCCAUCAAAGCUUGAGGAGCGAGACCUCUACUUCCACAAGCUAAAGCUCGCUUUUGAAACUGCACUUAAACAGCGUGGCGGUCCCUCAAUAGUUUUUGCGCAUUCACUGGGUAACAAUGUUUUCCGGUACUUCUUGGAGUGGCUGAAGCUUGAGAUUGCACCCAAAGCAUACAUUCAAUGGCUGGAUGAUCACAUACAUGCUUACUUUGCCGUCGGAUCACCUUUUCUUGGUUCAGUACAGAUGAUUGAAUCAACACUUUCUGGAGUGACAUUUGGUCUUCCUGUUUCUGAGGGGACAGCUCGAUUGAUGUCCAAUUCAUUUGCCUCUACACUUUGGAUGCUGCCAUUUUCAAAGUAUUGUAGGUCUGAUAAUAUGUACAGCAAACAUCUAGCUGGUAAUAGCAAAAAAGGUCACAAAGUGUACCAUUGUGACACAGACAAAUUAAAGUUCAAUUUUUCUGGGUGGCCAACUAAUGUUGUCAACAUCGAGGUUCCUUUUCGGGGAGAUGAUGCUUAUUCAUCCUUUUUAAAUGCUGCACGGGGAAACUUGUCUAGCAUGGAAUGCGGUCUGUCAAAUCUAUUAUCCUUCUCUGCUCAUGAAGUAGCAGAUGGGACCUUUUUCAAAGCAAUAGAAGAUUAUGAUCCUGAUAGUAAAAGGGUAUUGUACCAAUUGAAUAAUUCAUAUCAUAGUGAUCCUAUUCUUAAUCCGCUAACACCUUGGGAAAGACCUCCUUUAAAAAACAUCUUUUGCAUCUAUGGAGUUGAUUUAAAAACAGAGGUCGGAUAUUAUUUUGCACCAAGUGGAAAGCCUUACCCUGAUAAUUGGAUCAUAACCGAUGUGAUAUAUGAGAUUGAAGGAUCCUUAUAUUCCAGGUCAGGUAAUCUGGUUAGUGGAAAUCCAGGAGCAACAAGUGGCGAUGAAACGGUGCCUUAUAAUUCGCUGUCCUGGUGCAAGACUUGGCUGGGGCCAAAAGUAAAUAUAACAAGGGCUCCGCAGUCGGAGCAUGAUGGAUCAGACAUACAGGUGCAGCUAAAUGUCGAACACAUUCUCGAGGGGGAUGUUGUUGCAAACAUGACAAGGUCACCCAGGGUUAAGUACAUAACGUAUUUUGAAGAUUCUGAAAAUCUUCCAGGAAAGAAGACUGCAGUUUGGGAACUUGAUAAAGCAAACCACAGGAAUAUUGUGAGAUCCCCAGUUUUGAUGCGGGAACUAUGGCUUGAAAUGUGGAAUGAUAUUCAUCCAAAUAAAACAACAAAGUUUGUCACAAAAGCUAAGCGUGGACCAUUAAGAGAUGAGGACUGCUACUGGGAUUAUGGAAAAGCUCGUUGUGCCUGGUCAGAGAAUUGUGAAUAUAGGUAUGUUUUUGGAGAUGUUCACCUGGGUCAGAGCUGCAGGCUAAGGAAUACUUCAAUCAAUCUUCUCGCAAAUUAUGUAUAACAUGUUGGGUGUAACUGUAUUCAUGACAACUCCUUAAUGUAAUUCUAGGCAUAUAUGCACGAAGAUAAGCCGUUCGCUUAAUGAUUCUCAGGAACUCCAUUUCUGGUUCUUCCACAAGCACCCUGACGCGGAUAAAAUAUAGAUAGUGAGAAAGGUAAUUGGACAUCUGAACCUGGUGGAAAUGAGAGUUCUGCCAUUUUCGAGUACAGAGUAGGCUCAUUUAUAUAUAGACAUUACACUUGAUACCAAGAAUUCUUGAUCGCCCCGGCUUCCAAAGAUUAGUUGAGUACAUGCAGGCAAACAAUGCACUUCAAAUGCUGAAUGCAAGACUGAAUACAUGUAGCAACUUAUAGGUACAAUUUGUGUAACGAUUUAUAAGUCAAUUUAAAAGUCAAAUAUGAGAAGUUAAAAAUUCUAGUUUUUUUA